GGAGAAGAAGCAGAAGAAGCGCACUGACUGAAGGGUUAAACCGGUUAAACGUGUGGAGUAGUCGGGUAACUCACUGUUAAGGUAAAGAUGCAGACACCAGCAGAGUCGAUCCUCCACAGUGGUUAUUUCCACCCAACGCUCAGAUGCUGGCAGACCUGUGCGGCCGACCUAAGACCGGACAAUCUUAUCUACCCAAUCUUCAUCACAGACAGUGAAGAUGCAGUGGAGCCCAUUGGCAGCCUGCCUGGACAGGCCAGAUAUGGGGUAAACAAACUGGAGGGCAUGUUGAAGCCACUCGUGGAGAAUGGACUGAAGUGUGUGCUGAUCUUUGGGGUUCCUGCAAAAGUUGCAAAGGAUGAAAGAGGUUCAGGUGCCGACACAGACGACACGCCAGCUGUCUUAGCGGUGAAAAAGAUCAGGUCUUUGUUCCCGGAGCUGCUGGUGGCGUGUGACGUCUGCUUAUGUCCCUACACAUCACAUGGGCACUGUGGUAUCUUAAAUGAUGAUGGUACCCUGAACAAUGAUGCCAGCUGUCUGCGUUUGGCUGAAGUGGCGCUGGCCUAUGCAAGAGCUGGCUGUCACAUCAUCGCUCCCUCUGAUAUGAUGGAUGGAAGAGUAAGAGCCAUAAAACAAGCCCUUAUUUCCAGUGGUUUGGGGAACAAGGCUUCAGUUCUGAGCUACAGUGCAAAGUUUGCCUCCUGUUAUUACGGUCCUUUCAGAGACGCUGCACAGUCCAAACCUGCGUUCGGGGACCGACGCUGCUAUCAGCUGCCUCCUGGAGCCAGAGGACUCGCCAUCAGAGCUGUGGAGCGAGAUGUGAGAGAGGGAGCUGACAUGCUAAUGGUGAAACCAGGUCUGCCUUAUCUGGACAUCGUGAGAGAAGUCAAGAACAAGUACCCCACUCACCCUCUUGCUGUGUACAACGUGUCAGGAGAGUUUGCCAUGAUGUGGCAUGGAGCUCAGGCUGGGGCAUUUGACCUGCGGGCCGCUGUGAUGGAGGCUAUGACUGCCUUCCGCAGAGCAGGUGCUGACAUCAUCAUCACAUACUACGCUCCUCAGCUGCUCAGCUGGCUAAAGGAGUGAAGAUGAACAUGGUGCCAAAGGAUGGACGGACCUAUAAACGGACCAACAGAUGCACUCCUUAAGAGUGCUAACCUGCUGUUGACUCAGUCAUGCUAACAUUGAGCACUAAAGGAAAUAGAGGGUAUGAAAAGAUUAUUUUUAGGCCUUUAUUUGACUUUAUCUGCUUAGUUUUCUGAUUAAAUUGUAGGUUGUCUGUGUUUAUUUGUAAGUAGUUUUUAAAUAGAGUCACAUAUCCAUGCUAUAUUUUGUUUUACACUUUGAAGGGCUAACAUGGAGAUGAACACUGAGAAUGUAGACGUUGACAAUCUUGUUGGUGUUUCCUUGAAGGAGGCCUCUCUUGUGUGUCACUGAGAGCAUUAAAUACAGUCAGUCAUCUCCCUAAACUGAUAAGAUUAUAAACAUUGUAUUUGUAUGAAUUAUGGCAGAGAACAUCUCUGAUCUACAUGCUACUGCUGUAUGUAAAGCUGAAAGCUUUAGCAAUGUCAUCAACAAACAAGCUCUUAUCGACUUGAGAGAAAAUAAAAUAAUUCA